UGCAGUGUUUAGUUCCAACCCUGAUCCAACAACACACAUACCAUUUAGCUUUCAAAUAAGCCUGAAGGACUUGAUUAGCUGGAUCAGGUGUGUUUAUUUGCAUCUUAAUGCUGCAGGGAUCUGGCUCUCCAGGAACUGAGUUCGACACCCCUGCUCCAAGACCUGAAAUGGCCUUGAUGUUGGGUUGCAAAGCCAAUGUCAAAUCUAGGUUUUCACAUCACUGACCGAGCACAAGAGGUGAUGGAUGGGCCAGUUGAUGGCACCAAGCUCAUUCUGAGACUCAAGCCAGAUCUCCUGGAAGCUCUGACGGGAGAUCCAGACUUUCUGCUUCAGCAUUGCCAUGCCAGUGGCAUACUGUCCAACAAUGAGUACAACAACAUCAAAGACAUGAACAUGCGUUCAAGGCAGGUACGGGACAUCUUGGAUUAUGUUAUUCACAAAGACAACAAGCAUGCUCUGAAAUUCCUGAAGUUGCUGAAAACACAAGACAUGCAAGAGACAUUUCCUAAACUACAGUUCCUUCAAAAGCUGCAAAUCAACAAACGCAAGACACCAAAAAACACAGAGACAACAGCAAAAAGACGGCAGGAGAUGUUGGAAAACGAUGUAUGGCAGGAGCAGCAGCAUAUCAUCAGCACUAGGAUGGUGAGCGAGAGGGAGAUGAUGAUGGUGGCUGGCUGCAUCGGGAACAGCUGGAGGGAGGUGGGCAUUCUGGCACUGGAUAUGAACACCACCACUCUUCAGCAGAUAGAGGAGGACAACAGCCAACACAAAAUGCGGGUUUUCACCAUGCUGCGAAAAUGGAGCAUACGUGAGAGGGAACAAGCCACCGCAGCUCGUCUCCAUUCCCUACUAACCCAAGAGGACAGCGGCAUAGACACUCUGAAAAUCAACUUCCUGUUGGACAACAACUGAGGCUGUUUUAUCUAGGGGUUUUUACAUUUGUAAAAAAAGUUCUGUGGUAAACAUAAAUUGCCAAUACUUGACACUUAAGCAGAUAUAAAAACUUUUUUUAAUGUAUGUUCCACUUGUUCCAAACCUUUAUGACUUUAUUUCUUUUGCUGAACACAAAAAAGGAACUUUGAAGAAAGUUGGUAACAAAACAGUUGAUAGUAGCAAAUUGACACCCAAAGUGUUUUAUUUUCUUUGUAUACUAUGGAAGUCAAUGGCUACCGUCAACUGCUUGGUUACCUACAUACUUCAAAUUAUCUUCUUUUGUGUCCUACAGUUGAAAGAAAUUCCUAUAGCAAAGGUUUGGAACAACUUGUGGGUGAGUAACGGAUGACAGAAUUUUCAUGUUUGGUUGAUCUAUCCCUUUAAAAAAAAAACAUUAUAAUAACCCAUAUGAAAAUAUCAAGGGAACAAUUAAUCUUUUGGAUUUUCAAGUUACAGCUGCAGCACUUUGUUUAUAAGUAGCACUUUGCAUUCAGAGACAUGCAAACAUACCACUAGAGUGAGCUAUAACUGCUAAUCAGUUAUAUUAAAAAUGUGUACUGUUUCCAAUAAAGUCAGCUACAAGCUUAAAUAAUAGGGAAACGUAAUGCAACAAGCUAUAAUGUACGUAUUUAAAAAAAAAAAAUCUUAAACAAAAAUCUUAAACCUUUCUUAAACCUAAUUUUCUUAA